AUGGCAAUGAAUAGGAGUGAGAUAAUGGGAGAAAAUGGGAUUGUUGUUGUGACAAAUGCUAUUGAAACGGAAAUUAGAGAUUUCAAGAGUGAUGCUUUGAGAAAGGCUGAAAUUUUGAUGACAAACUUUAGAGAGUUAGUGAAAAUACAUAAAUUUGUGUUGCCUAUUGUAGGUUCACAAAAAUUGGGUGUGUACCAAACUGAUUUUGGUUGGGGAAAGCCUAAAAAUUGUGAAGCAGCACACAUUGAAUCAUCAAGGUUGAUUUCUCUUUCCGACCUUCCCACACCCCACACACCACUUCCUCCAAACAACACUUCCCAUUCUCAAACACUCUCUUUCACUCUCCCUCCAACACUUCUUCCCCUUUGUCUCCAAUCUCAUCGUUCCAACACAACCUCAUCUUUCUCACAUUCGUUACCUUCGUGGCGACUCUCUCCCCUUCAUCGUUGCAGAGUCCACCGCAGACUUCACUCUCCUCACAUCUCAUUACACGUAUCAACCUUUGUUGUAACAUGCUCCUUGAUUUGGGUUUGCUUAGUUGGAUCAGAGGAGAACAAACAAGACUCUGAUAAACUGUGCUACUUGAUGAUUCUGGUUGAUUCACGUGAUAGUCCUGAAUUUUCGUUAACUUCAACGUACUUUGGGAAUUGUCUGACUUCUUGCAUGGUGGCGAUGAAGAGAAGUGAGAUAGUGGGAGAAAAUGGGAUCGUUACUGCAGCAAAGACUAUUGAAAGGGAAAUUAGAGAUUUCAAGAGUGCAUUGAGAAAGGCUGAAAAUUUGAUGUCAGACUUUAAAGAGUUGGAGAAACUAGGUAAAUCUGUGUUGGUUAUUACAAGUUCGCCAAAAUUGGGUGUGUACCAAACUGAUUUUGGUUGGGGAAAGCCUAAGAAAUGUGAAGCGGCGCAUGUUGAAUCUUCAAAAUUUAUGUCUCUUUCUGACUGUAGAGACGAAAAAGAAGGAAUUGAGGUUGGAUUAGCUCUUGAAAGAACUCAGAUGAAUAAGUUCAGCAACAUCUUAAAAAAGGAACUUCAUAAUAUUAAUAAAUUCUGAGUGAACUAUUCAUGGGGACAGAAGCCUAUAUUUUUUCAUUUCUUUUCUGUGAGUAGUUACAUUUAUUGUUCUUUAUAUUAGGAGAACGCCUUUAUUGUUUUUAUUUUCUUUUUUUUUCUGCUACUCUAACAUGACUGA